AUGCAUUGGCCAGUUCGGUUGAAGAAGGGGUCAGUAAGUUUUGCUCCUGAAAACCUUGUUGAACCAGAUAUCCCUUGCACUUGGAGAGCCAUGGAAACUCUCUAUGAUUCGGGUAAGGCUCGAGCUAUUGGUGUGAGCAAUUUUUCAACAAAGAAGCUCUCUGACUUGCUGGAUGUGGCACGUGUUCCUCCUGCCGUUGUCCAAGUGGAGUGCCAUCCUUCAUGGCAGCAAGCCAAGCUGCAUUCUUUCUGCAAAUCCAAGGGAAUUCACAUUUCGGACUAUCCACCACUGGGUUCUCCUGGCACAACAUGGAUCAAAGGUGAUGUCCUUCAGAAUCCGAUUCUUCACAUGGUUGCAGAGAAACUAAGGAAAACUCCUGCACAAGUUGCUCUUCGAUGGGGACUGCAAAUGGGUCAUAGUGCUCUUCCUAAGAGUACUAAUGAAGCAAGGAUCAAGGAGAACUCUGACGUCUUUGGCUGGUCUAUCCAGGAGGACUUGUUAGCUAAGCUUUCAGAAAUUGAGCAGGCAAGACUGGUCAGAGGGACGAACUUUGUUCAUGAUACUUUUGGUCCCUACAGGAGUGUUGAGGAGUUGUGGGAUGUGAGAUUGGAUAUUUAUGGUUUGCAUGAUCAUCAUGAUCCCAUAAAGCGAUGUUUGAUCAUGCUCUGCACCACUUCCAGUAGCCCCCGAGGGCUCGAGCUAGGGGGGAGGGGGGGGCAAGAGCCCAAAUGCAAGUUCCAGCAACAAAGGCUGGCCCGGGCAAGGUGGGGUCCACGAGCCUGGGCUGGCCCGAAGGCAGGAGGAGCCCGAGCUACAGCCCGAAGGCGCGCUAACGUCAGCAUGCGCAAAUCAAUUUUUUUUCUUUUCGCUGCCACAUGGCGCAACCUGGUCCUUCCGAUUUCCGAUUUUUCAUCCAAUCCAACGGCCUGA